AUGUCCAGAGAAAGGGGGAGAUUUUUUGAUGAGAUAGGAAAGAAGAAAGAAGGAGAUGAUACUUUUCAAAAGGGAAGAAUGUUAGGUUCUUCUGGAACCCUAAAUACAACUACUCCUUGUGCUGCAUGUAAGCUUUUGAGAAGAAGGUGUGCACAAGAAUGCCCUUUUUCUCCAUAUUUUUCUCCUCAUGAGCCUCAAAAGUUUGCUUCUGUUCAUAAAGUCUUUGGUGCCAGCAAUGUCUCAAAGCUGUUAUUGGAGGUACCAGAGAAUCAAAGAGCGGAUGCAGCAAAUAGUUUAGUUUAUGAAGCAAAUGUAAGACUAAGAGAUCCAGUUUAUGGAUGCAUGGGUGCAAUUUCAUCUUUGCAACAACAAGUUCAAUCAUUACUUGGUGAACUUAAUGCUAUAAGGGAAGAAAUACAUAAAUACAAACUCAUGGAAGCUAACAUGCUUCCUUCUUCACAAGAUGUGUCAAUUGCUACCAUGCCAACUUCAUCAACAUUUCCUAUGCUACCUUCUUCUAUUUACUCACAACAGGAGAAUCAUCCUUCCAAUUAUAGCUCAAUUUCAAGUGAUCAUAUAUCUUAUUUUGAUUAA